AUGGCAUCGAUGCGCUUAGCUCCGGUCGCUUCAGCCACACUGAUGCACUAUGUGGUUGCGCAACCCACCGCCUGUGCUACAAUGCAACAUGUCUUCCCCGGGCAAUGCCACGAGAGCCAUCCCUACCUAUGUGCUGGAGAGAAGGAACUUCACGGCGGCAUUUGCCAUCAUUCCACUGACAACUGCUGCUGCCUCAACGCUGAGGGAACACUGAGUUCGAGCUGCGACCCGUUCAGCACGCAUAGCCUUUGCUGCAACGGCCACUGCCUCGACCCCGGUGACUGGGAGUGUUGCGGAAAAAGCAAGUGCUUGAAGAGCACUCACAGCUGCUAUGAUGGCCGGUGUAUCCAGCAUGGCAAGCCAGAAAUUGAAAUACCUGUUUUGGUGGUGGGCGUUUUGUUGGUGAUUUGCUGCUGCAUGGCAUGCUUGUGUGAUUGCCAACAUUGGCUCGCUCGCUGUGUUUGCACAUUUCUCAUGGCGGGUGUCUUCAUGAGCGUGCUGGGCCUUUCGAUGUGGGACCUCACUGGCCCAGUGGAGUGGCGACCCUUGAUCAUGGCGGGCUCUGUGGUGGUGCCUUUGGGGCUAGUGGGCCUGUGCAUCGCAUGCUGCAAGAAGGACCCAUUUGGUGAAAACCUCGUGAUGGCGAUGUUUGUGCAGCGAGUGAUCCUAGUGGACCGCAACACCAAAGAGGCCGUCGUCUUGGAUCAGAGCCAAGCAGUUGUCCAAGGUGGCCAGGUGAUGAUCGCCGAGGAGACCAUCCGGGCAGCCUUUGGUGCUACUCAGCCCCAGCCCCAGCAGCUGGGCAUUUAA